UAUGACCACGAUAAAAUCGAAUGAAAAACAAGUUAUGAUUAAUAAACAAUCGGAAUUUUACUGGUAAAAAUGAAAAUAAUCGAAUGAAUUAUUUCUUGAACCAUGGCCAAUGAUAGAGAAGUUCUGAGGGAGCUCUGGGAAGGGAAACUACCCGUCUGCUUCAUUUUAGAUCCCGACGAAGUGGUCGAACUGCAACAGCCAGAUCCAUAUUACUUGAUGGUUCCUAGAGUUAGUUAUUUUCCUUUAGUCAUUGAUAAAGUGCGUAAACAUUUUCUGAGUUAUGUUAUUAGUGAUAAAAUGGAUCAGGUUAUGUGGUUAGAAUUCAACGGUCAACCCCUGAAGUGGCAUUAUCCCAUCGGGGUCCUGUUCGAUCUGCUUGCGAAAGCCGAAGAUCUUCCAUGGACUUUGACAGCACAUUUCGAAAAAUUUCCCGAAGAACAAAUUUAUCAUUUCAAAGAGAAAGAAUCUAUCGAGUCAUACUUCAUGUCUUGUCUCAAAGAGGCAGAUGUGUUGAAAUUCAAAGGCCAGAUAGUCAGUAGUAUGCAGAUAAAAGACCAUAAUCAAAUAUGGAUGGGACUUUUAAACGAUAAGUUCGAUCAGUUUUGGGCUGUGAAUAGAAAACUCAUGGAAGUUACACCUGAGUGUGAAAAUUUCAGACACAUUCCUUUUAGAUGUUACCUAGAUGAUGGAUAUAGACAAAUGCUAGUGAAGCCCGUAUCUGAAGAUGGGCAGAGAAAAACGCUGAAAGAUCUGUUGAACGAGGUGUUUCCUGGAAAAGAAACCAAAGUGAAAACGCAUGGAAUUUGUCCUCCAUUAGAUACCCCGCUGCAGUGGAUGUCGGAACACCUGAGUUAUCCAGACAAUUUUCUCCAUUUAUGUGUAGAGGCUCAGUGAAUACUCAUUAGUUUUCUAUUUAUUUCCUGAUAAAUUAUAUUAUAAAUUUUAUUUUGUUGAGAUUUGUGUUUUGCAUUAUCGUCCUAGAUGUAUGUAUUCGAUGGAAAAUAUAAGUAUGGCGUUGUUUUGUC